AUGGGUCGCGUUCGUACCAAGACCGUCAAGAAGUCCGCCAAGGUCAUCAUCGAGAAGUACUACCCCCGAUUGACCAAUGACUUCGAGACCAACAAGCGUCUCUGCGACGAGAUUGCCAUCAUCGCUUCCAAGCGACUCCGCAACAAGAUUGCCGGUUACGCCACCCACUUGAUGAAGCGUAUCGCACGCGGUCCCGUCCGUGGUAUCUCCUUCAAGCUCCAGGAGGAGGAGCGUGAGCGCAAGGAUCAGUACGUUCCCGAGGUCUCUGCUCUCGACUUUGCCAAGAACACCGAGAGCGGCCAGCUCGAGGUCGACUUCGAGACCCGCGACCUCAUCAAGCACCUCGGCUUCGACUCCAUCCCCAUCAACGCCCAGGCUGUUACCCAGCAACAGGCUCCCGAGCGUGGUGGCCGCCGCUUCGACCGCCGCUAA